GUACGCGAGUGUGCGGUGUUUUGUGGAUUUACCGUUGGUUCAGUGGCUACUACAAAUUGCACACGCUGGAUUUUGAACGAUCUCCACUACAUGUGCCCAAUCUGUUGAACUUCUAACUGGGUUUUGACUGAAUAACAGGGCGAUGUUGAUACGGAUACGGGCGACCACUGUGGUCGCCUUUAUGGCCCUGUUUAGUAUAGGAUUAGCACAGAAUUUGACUAGUAAUUUAUUCACAUGUCCAAAUGGAUGGGAAUUACGAGGACUGAACUGUUAUAAAUUUUUUAACAUAAGGCACUCUUGGGAGAAAGCUGCAGAACUCUGCCGAAGGUAUGGCAGUGACUUGAUGGCCGUAGAGUCUUACAGCGAGAACAAUCUAACAGCAAGCAUUGCAACGGGGUCCGUGCCCGUGGAACGACGCGGUCCCUCCCAUUAUUGGCUUGGUCUGGCCUCGCUCGACGAUUUAAGAACAAACACCUUAGAAUCAGCCGCUGGAACGCUCGUGUCACAAUAUUCAGGUUUUUGGUCUCGAAAUCAACCUGAUCCAAAAGCUGGUGAAUGCGUAGACGUGACCGUAACCGAAGACAACCAGUCAUGGGAACUAACCACCUGCGAAAGCCUCCUGCCCUUCAUGUGCAGGUCCAGAGCCUGCCCAUCCGGAUCCUUCCAUUGUUCAAACGGAAAUUGUAUCAACGAAAAAUUCCGAUGUGACAAACAAGAUGAUUGCGGCGACGGGUCCGACGAAAUUGACUGCGCUGCCAAUUGCAACUACUACUUGGCCAGCAGCGGAGAUGUUGUGGAAAGUCCGUACUACCCUCAUAAAUAUGCGCCACUCACCAACUGUAAAUGGACUUUGGAAGGUCCUCAGGGACACAACAUUUUACUGCAGUUCCAGGAAUUCGAAACUGAAAAAACUUUUGACACAGUACAAAUUCUUGUGGGAGGACGUACGGAAGAUACCAGCGUUAACCUGGCCACUUUGUCAGGUCGUCAAGAUUUAACCAACAGGUCUUUCGUGUCUGCCUCAAAUUUCAUGAUCAUCAAAUUCAGCACUGAUGCCUCUGUGGAGCGUAAAGGUUUCAGAGCCUCCUGGAAAACUGAACCUCAGACCUGUGGAGGAAUGUUGAGAGCUACACCUCAAGGACAAGUAUUAACUUCCCCUGGAUUCCCUGGACAAUAUCCAGGAGGAUUGGAAUGCCUUUAUAUCAUCCAAGCUCAAAAUGGCAAAAUCAUAACCUUGGAAAUUGACGACUUGGACCUCGACGACUCUAGGGAUUACAUUCUAGUCAGAGAUGGCGACUCACCCAGAAGCCAAACAAUAGCCAGACUUACUGGAGCUCUAGAAAACAACCAAAGAAUCGUUAUGUCAACCAACAACAAGUUAUACUUAUACUUUAAAACUAGCCUGGGUGACUCCCGCAGAGGAUUUAGAAUUCGUUACAGUCAAGGUUGCAAAGCCACUAUUGUAGCUAGAAAUGGUACGUUAAUGUCACCAGCUUUCGGACUGUCCAACUAUCCGAGCAAUCAAGACUGUCUUUACAAAAUCCGCAACCCAAGAGGAGGUCCAUUGUCUCUAAACUUUGACGAUUUCGAAGUGGACAAAUCUGACUUCGUACAAGUAUAUGAUGGCUCCACCACUAGUGGUCUCAGACUGCACUCUGGAAAUGGAUUUACAGCAACGUCCAAACCUAAGAUCACCCUCACUGCUUCCAGUGGUGAAAUGUUAGUCCGUUUCUCCACAGAUGCUUUACACAAUAAUAAAGGAUGGUCCGCUACAUACUCCGCAGACUGUCCAGUACUUCAACCCGGAAUUGGAGCUUUGGCAUCAAGCAGAGACACUGCCUUUGGUACAAUCAUCACAUUUAGUUGUCCAGCUGGUCAAGAAUUCGCUACAGGUCGCAACCGUAUCACCACCCAAUGUAUGCCAGGUGGUAACUGGUCCAUUGCUUAUAUACCUAAGUGUCAAGAAGUGUAUUGUGGACCUGUACCACAAAUUGAUAAUGGUUUCUCCAUCGGAUCUACCAAUGUCACCUACAGAGGUCAAGCCAUGUAUCAAUGUUAUGCCGGUUUUGCCUUCCCAACUGGAGAACCCAUUGAAAGGAUAUCUUGUUUGGCCGAUGGUAGAUGGGAAAAGAAGCCUACCUGUCUAGCUUCUCAAUGCAGUGCUCUCCCAGAAGUGCCACACGCAAAUGUUACUGUCCUCAACGGACUUGGCAGAUCAUAUGGAACAAUUGUACGUUAUGAAUGCGAACCAGGAUACAUUAGAAGUGGUCACCCAGUAAUUCUUUGUAUGAGCAACGGUACCUGGUCUGGAGAAGUUCCAGUAUGUUCAAGGGCUAAAUGUCCCACAUUCCCUGAAAUCAAGAACGGCUUCAUCAACGAACCCAACAGGCAAUACUACUUUAAUGACGAAGCAAGAGUACAAUGUUUCAAAGGUUAUAAACUAAUAGGAAACAGUAUCAUCAGAUGUGGAGAAAAUCAGGAAUUCAAUAAUCCACCAAGAUGUGAAGACAUCAAUGAAUGUAUCAGCAGUCAAUGCGAUGUGGCUUCUACCGAAUGUGUCAACGCACCUGGAUCAUUCUCUUGCAAAUGUCGCAAAGGAUUCGCCCCAUCUUUGGAUUGCAGACCGGUCGGUGAUUUGGGAUUGAUCAAUGGAGGUAUUCCAGACGAGUCUAUCACUGUUUCCAGCAGCGAAGCGGGAUACGAUAAAACUAUGGCCCGUUUGAAUGGCGCUGGCUGGUGCGGUAAUACUAUCGAAGGCGGAACCAAUUGGAUACUUAUCGACCUGAAAGCACCAACAAUCAUCCGAGGUUUCAGAACAAUGACAGUAUCACGUCCCGACGGAACCGUAGCUUUCACCUCUGCGGUCCGCAUUCAAUAUACCGACGAUCUGACUGACGUCUUCAAGGACUACAGAAACCCCGAUGGUACCGCUGUAGAGUUCAGAAUCCUGGAGCCGACCCUGAGCAUUUUGAAUCUGCCCGUCCCAAUCGAAGCGCAAUAUAUCAAGUUUAAAAUACAAGAUUAUGUGGGCGCUCCGUGCUUGAAGCUUGAGGUUAUGGGCUGUACCAGAUUGGAAUGCGCUGAUAUCAACGAAUGUGCCCUCGACAAUGGUGGUUGUGAUCAAAAGUGCAUUAAUAGUGCUGGGGAUUACUCUUGUGGUUGCAAUAUUGGUUAUGAAUUGUACAAUCAGAAUGGAACAGCCGCAUUUUAUAUUAAAGAAUCUGAAAACGGGCUCAGAGAUGGUGAUGUGUACCAGGUCAAUAAGUCCUGUGUACCUGUGAUGUGUCCUUCAUUAAGUGCACCAGAAAACGGAGUCAUUCUAUCUACGAAAGAGAAGUACCAUUUCGGUGAUUUGGUUAAAUUCCAAUGUGAUUUUGGAUAUGUAAUGACCGGAUCUUCUGCCUUAUUGUGUACCUCCACUGGCAUUUGGAACGGUACUAUGCCUGAAUGUAAAUAUGCUCAGUGCGUGUCGCUGCCUGAUGGCAAAAACGAAGGUUUGAAAAUCAUCCGCAACGACGAAAGCAGUGUUUUGGUACCUUUCAGAGAAAACGUGACAUUAAACUGUGGUUCCACCGGUAGACACUUGCGUGGUACUGCUACUUCCAAUUUCAGACAAUGUGUAUACGAUCCACAACCAGGUUUCCCGGAUUAUUGGCUCAGUGGAUCUAUGCCUUCUUGUCCUAGAAUUGAUUGCGGUGUUCCACCACCAACCCCAGGAGCGGAAUACGGUCAAUAUGUGGAUACCAAAUAUCAAUCCUCAUUCUUCUUCGGUUGUCAAAACACAUUCAAACUUGCCGGCCAAAGUAGUAAACACGACAACAUAGUGAGAUGUCAAGCAAACGGUGUGUGGGACUUUGGAGACUUGAGAUGUGAGGGUCCAGUUUGUGAAGAUCCUGGAAGACCCAGUGAUGGUUUCCAAGUAUCGCGAAGUUACGAACAAGGAUCAGAAGUUUCCUUUGGUUGUAAUAGACCUGGAUAUAUUCUUAUCAACCCCAGACCUAUUACUUGUGUCAGAGAACCGGAAUGUAAAGUUGUUCGUCCCCUUGGUUUGGCCUCAGGAAAGAUUCCUGACUCCGCAAUUAAUGCUACAAGUGAAAGACCUAACUACGAAGCUAAGAAUGUCAGAUUGAACUCAGUUACUGGUUGGUGUGGAAAACAAGAAGCCUUUACAUAUGUCAGUGUUGAUCUGGGCAAGGUAUACCGAGUGAAAGCUAUACUGGUAAAAGGUGUAGUCACUAAUGAUAUUGUGGGACGUCCUACUGAAAUAAGAUUCUUCUACAAACAAGCCGACAACGAAAACUAUGUUGUGUAUUUCCCCAAUUUCAACCUUACAAUGAGAGAUCCUGGAAAUUAUGGUGAAUUGGCAAUGAUUUCUCUUCCAAAAUUCGUCCAAGCUAGAUUUGUCAUUCUUGGAAUCGUCUCUUAUAUGGACAACGCCUGUUUGAAAUUCGAAUUGAUGGGAUGUGAUGAACCAGAAACUGAUCCACUUUUGGGAUACGAUUAUGGAUACUCUCCAUGUGUGGAUAAUGAGACUCCUGUUUUCCAAAACUGUCCUCAACAACCAAUUGUUGUACAAAAAGAUGCUAAUGGCGGUCUUCUUCCUGUUAACUUCACCGAACCCACGGCUGUAGAUAACUCCGGAAGCAUUGCUCGUCUAGAAGUAAAACCAGCUAACUUCAAGACCCCAGUUCAUGUUUUCGAAGACACUGUUGUAAAAUAUGUGGCUUUUGAUUAUGAUGGUAACGUAGCUAUUUGCGAAAUUAACAUCACUGUACCUGACAAUACUCCACCACAAUUAAGCUGUCCACAAAGUUACGUCAUUGAAUUAGUAGACAGACAAGACAGUUACGCCGUCAAUUUCAACGAAACUAGAAGAAGGAUUAAUGCUACAGAUGCAAGUGGAGAAGUUCAUAUUAGCUUCAUUCCUGACAAAGCUACAAUUGCCAUAGGUGCUUUUGAAAAUGUUACCGUGGUUGCCACAGACAAACAUGGCAACAAAGCUCAAUGCCACUUCCAAGUCUCCGUCCAAGCCACCCCUUGCGUAGAAUGGGAACUGAAGCCACCAGUUAACGGAGCUUUAAAUUGUCUACCAGGCGAUAAAGGAUUGCAAUGUAUUGGAACCUGUAAUCCAGGAUUUAGGUUUACUGAUGGAGAUACUGUUAAGACUUUCUCUUGUGACAGCAAAACUCCUUGGACUCCAACUUCAGUAGUACCGGAUUGUGUUUCAGAAGACACACAACAGGCCGAUUAUCACUUUACAGCAGCACUCAACUAUCGUGCAAAUGGUGCUGUCGCCACUUCCUGUUUAAAUCAAUACACUGAAUUAAUCGCUCAGUACUAUGGUAAUCUGAACAAUAUCCUCUCUGAAAGAUGUUCCGCCGUUAACGUUAAAAUGAACGUUUCCUUCAUCAAAGCUGUGCCAACUCUAAUAGAAGAAAAUGUCGUAAAGGUGGAUUACAUUUUAAAAAUUGUACCUGUCGUACGUCAACCACAAUUAUACGAUCUUUGUGGAAGCACUCUUAACUUAAUGUUCGAUUUAUCGGUACCAUAUGCAAGCGCUGUUAUAGAACCUUUACUAAAUGUAUCAGCUAUUGGCAAUCAAUGUCCUCCAUUGAAGGCAUUAAAAUCUUUCAACACCAGAGGAUUUACUUGUAGUGUUGGAGAAGUACUGAAUAUGGACACCAACGAUGUACCAAGAUGCUUACAUUGUCCUGCCGGCACUUUCGCGGGAGAAAAACAAAAAGAAUGUACUUAUUGUCCACGUGGAUACUAUCAAAAUCGCGAUCGUCAAGGUGCCUGUUUGAGAUGUCCACAAGGCACUUACACUCACGAAGAAGGAUCUAAGAGUGUACAUGAUUGUAUUCCAGUUUGCGGAUAUGGUACUUACUCUCCAACUGGCUUAGUACCUUGUUUGGAAUGUCCAAGGAACAGUUACACCAGCGAACCACCAACAGGAGGUUUUAAAGAUUGUCAAGCUUGUCCAGCAAAUACAUUCACAUACCAACCAGCUGCUCCCGGAAAAGAUAGAUGUAGACCAAAAUGUAGCCCAGGACAAUACUCUCCUACUGGCUUAGCCCCUUGUUCCUUAUGUCCAAAAGAUUUUUACCAAUCACAACCAGGCCAAACGUCUUGUAACGAAUGCCCAACCAAUAUGAAAACGGAGGGUGCGGGUGCAACUGGACGCGAUGAAUGUCACCCAGUUCAGUGCACAGAAAAUGCUUGCCAACAUGGUGGUCUUUGCGUACCACUUGGCCACGGAAUUCAAUGUUUCUGUCCAGCAGGAUUUAGUGGACGUAGAUGUGAAAUUGACAUUGAUGAAUGCUCCUCCCAACCUUGUUAUAAUGGUGGUACUUGUAUUGAUCUUCCACAAGGUUACAGAUGUCAAUGUGCUCCUGGAUAUUCUGGAAUUAACUGUCAAGAGGAAAGAUCUGACUGUAGCAAUGAUACUUGCCCAGCUCGCGCUAUGUGCAAGGAUGAACCAGGAUAUAAGAACUUUACUUGUCUCUGCCGAUCCGGAUAUACUGGACUUGACUGUGACGUUACCAUUGAUCCCUGCUCUGCAAAUGGUAAUCCGUGUAACAACGGAGCUACUUGUUUAGCUCUACAACAAGGAAGAUUUAUGUGCGAAUGUCUGCCUGGAUGGGAAGGCCAAACUUGCGAAAUCAACAUCGACGAUUGUGCCGAAAAACCAUGUCUCCUAGGCGCAAACUGUACUGAUUUAGUCGACGACUUCUCGUGCUCCUGUCCACCAGGUUUUACUGGAAAACGUUGUCAAGAAAAAAUUGAUCUUUGUAGCCGCACGCCUUGUAAAAAUGGUGUUUGCGUUGAUAAACUUUUCUAUCACGAAUGUAUCUGUCAACCAGGUUGGACUGGCGAAGCCUGUGAGGUCAACAUCAACGACUGUAAUCCAAAUCCAUGCGAAAAUGGGGGACAUUGUACUGAUGAAAUCGACGACUUUACCUGCGUCUGCGAACCGGGUUUCACCGGAAAGAAAUGCCAACACAACAUCGAUUUUUGUUCUUCGGAACCAUGCCAAAACGGUGCCACCUGUUCCGAUCUAGUUGAUGGUUUCUCUUGCAAAUGCAGACCCGGAUAUGUUGGACUGCAAUGCGAAGCCGAAAUUGAUGAAUGUCUUAGCGAUCCUUGCAAUCCUGUCGGUACAGAAAAAUGCGUAGACUUGGACAAUAAAUUUACCUGUAUGUGCAGAGAAGGCUUUUCUGGACAAUUUUGCGAAGAAAAUAUAGAUGACUGUAGUUCAGAUCCUUGCUUAAAUGGUGGUUCCUGCAGAGACGAAGUUGGAGGUUACAAAUGUAUAUGCCAACCUGGUUGGACUGGCGUCAACUGCGAAUCUGACAUUGGAAGCUGCCAAAACAGGCCAUGUCAGAACGAUGCCAAAUGUAUCAACUUGUUCCAAGAUUACUUCUGUGUAUGUCCAUCUGGAACAGAUGGCAAACAAUGCGAAACUGCUCCAGAAAGAUGUAUUGGAAACCCAUGCAUGCAUGGUGGUAAAUGUCAAGACUUUGGCUCUGGACUUAACUGUUCCUGCAGCGACAGUUAUACAGGAAUUGGUUGCCAAUAUGAAUAUGACGCUUGUCAGGACAACGCUUGCAAAAAUGGAGCUACUUGCACCAAUGACGUUACUGGAUUCAAGUGCAAUUGUGCUCCAGGAUUCACUGGUAAAUUCUGCCAGGACGACAUCGUCGACUGUAGGGAGAACUCUUGUCCACCAAGUGCUACAUGCAUAGAUCUUACCGGCAAAUUCUAUUGCCAAUGUCCGUUUAACCUAACUGGAGAAGACUGUAGAAAAACUAUCUCUGUGGACUACGAUUUGUACUUCAGCGACGCUACUAGAAGUUCCGCAUCCCAAGUAAUUCCGUUCUACACAGGAUCUAAAUCUAGUAUGACCAUAGCCAUGUGGGUACAAUUCACCCAAAAAGAUGAAAACGGUAUUUUCUUCACUCUGUACUCCGUUUCAUCAAACCAUGUACCAAAGGACAGACGACCAAUUAUUCAGGCCCACUCCAACGGUGUCCAAGUUUCGCUUUUCCCAGAUCUUCAAGAUGUAUAUCUUAGCUACAGAGACUACACAACCGUUAAUGAUGCCCAAUGGCACCACAUUGCAAUCGUUUGGGAUGGAGAAAACGGUGGAGAACUUAAACUUAUCACUGAAGGUCUAAUCGCCAGCAAAGUUGAAGGUUAUGGUAGUGGAAGAAAAUUACCAGAAUACGCUUGGGUAACACUAGGAAAACCACAAUCAGGCAACCCCAAGGCUUACACUGAAUCAGGCUUCCAAGGCCACCUUACCAAAGUUCAAAUCUGGGGACGUGCUUUGGAUGUAACCAAUGAAGUCCAGAAGCAAGUCCGUGACUGCCGCACAGAACCAGUCUUAUACAGAGGUUUAAUUUUGACAUGGGCCGGCUAUGAAGAUACAGUUGGUGGAGUUGAAAGAAUCGUGCCAUCUCAUUGCGGACAAAGGAACUGUCCACCAGGCUAUACCGGAAGCAAAUGUCAAGAAUUACAAGUCGACAAGAUUCCUCCGAAGGUAGAAUACUGCCCUGGUGACCUCUGGAUUAUCACCAAGAAUGGAUCAGCUUUGGUUGCUUGGGAUGAACCUCACUUCAGCGACAACGUUGGAAUUGUGAGAAUUCAGGAGAAGAACGGACACCGCCCAGGACAAACUCUUCUAUGGGGCAUUUAUCAGAUCGCUUAUGUCGCUAUGGAUGAAGCGGGCAACUCCGCUACUUGCACCUUCAAAGUAUCAGUUUUGUCAGAAUUCUGUCCCGAAUUGGCUGACCCAGUUGGAGGUUUGCAAAUUUGCAAGGAUUGGGGUGCAGGUGGUCAGUUUAAGGUUUGCGAGAUUUCUUGUAACCAAGGCUUAAGAUUCUCGCAAGACAUUCCCAAGUUCUACACAUGCGGAGCAGAAGGUUUCUGGAGACCAACUCACAAUCCUAAUCUUCCUUUAAUCUACCCAGCGUGUUCAACAUCGCAGCCAGCUCAGAGAGUUUUCAAGAUCUCUAUGUUAUUCCCAAGUUCGGUUCUUUGCAACGAAGCAGGUCAAGGAGUUUUAAGGCAGAAGGUCAGAAAUGCGGUGAACUCUCUGAAUAGGGACUGGAACUUCUGUUCAUUCUCUGUGGAAGGUACCAGAGAAUGUAAGGAUCUCAACAUUGACGUUAAGUGCGAUCACAGAAGUGGAAGACAAGUUAGACAAGUAAGCGAUGAUGAAGAUGAAGGAACCUACGUCAUCAAGGCUGAUGUUCCAGUUGAAAAAAAUGCCCGCCAAGGAAGGCAAUCCACCAGCGAUACGUACGACAUUGAAAUCUCCUUCCCAGCAGUAAAUGACCCAGUGGUUCACUCCAACACGAACGAACGCUCAUCCGUCAAGCUGCUUCUGGAAAAACUCAUCUUGGAAGAAGACCAAUUCGACGUACGUGAUAUUUUACCAAACACAGUACCAGAUCCAUCAUCCUUAGUUUUGGAAUCCGACUACGCAUGUCCCAUCGGUCAAGUUGUUAUGGCUCCCGAUUGUGUACCAUGUUCCAUUGGUACUUACUAUGAAAAGGAGAACAAGACUUGCAUUCCUUGCCCAAGAGGAUCGUACCAAAGCGAAACUGGACAGCAACAGUGCACCCAAUGUCCAAUCAUUGCCGGAAGACCUGGUGUCACGGUAUCGUUGGGAGCCAGAAGUGCUGCCGACUGUAAGGAACGUUGUCCAGCUGGUAAAUUCUACGACCACGAAGCUGGAUUAUGCCGAAGCUGCGGUCAUGGAUUCUACCAACCGAUGGAAGGCUCAUUCAGCUGUGAGAUCUGCGGAUUGGGCAAGACCACCAGGACUAGCGAAGCCGUAUCAGCCAAGGAGUGCAGAGACGAAUGUGGAAGCGGAAUGCAACUCGCUCUGGAUGGCAAGUGCGAAUCUUGCCCAAGAGGUACAUACAGAAUGCAAGGAGUUCAGGCCGCCUGUAUUGGAUGUCCGUUAGGAAGAACCACUCCUAAGACAGGAGCCAGCUCCAUAGAAGAAUGCUCGUUACCUGUAUGUACGCCAGGUACAUAUCUAAACGGAACAUUAAACAGCUGCGUUCCAUGCAAAAAAGGAUUCUAUCAACCAGAGUCACAACAGACGUUGUGUAUCGCUUGUCCACCGAAUACCAGCACUAAAGGAACAGCUGCGACCAGCAAAGCAGAAUGUACUAACCCAUGCGAGAUGAACGGUGCCGAAAUGCACUGUGACGCCAAUGCGUACUGCCUCCUCAUCCCGGAAACCAGCGACUUCAAAUGCGAAUGCAAGCCAGGUUUUAAUGGAACCGGCAAGUACUGUACUGAUCUGUGCGACGGAUUCUGUGACAAUGAAGGCACCUGUGUCAAGGACGUUAGAGGUCAACCAUCUUGCAGAUGUAUCGGAAGCUUCACUGGUAAACAUUGCUCCGAGAAGUCUGAAUUUGCCUACAUCGCAGGAGGAAUAGCAGCCUCAGUAAUUUUGAUCAUAUUCAUUGUGUUGCUUAUCUGGAUGAUCUGCGCAAGAGCCAACCGUAGGAGGGAACCCAAGAAACUGUUGACCCCAGCAACGGACCAAAACGGAUCGCAAGUGAACUUCUACUACGGAGCACCGACACCGUACGCGGAGAGCAUAGCACCAAGUCACCACUCAACAUACGCGCAUUAUUACGACGACGAAGAAGACGGCUGGGAGAUGCCCAACUUCUACAACGAAACUUAUAUGAAGGAAAGCCUUCACAACGGCGUCAACGGCAAAAUGAAUAGUUUAGCGAGAUCUAACGCCAGUAUAUACGCUACAAAAGACGAUCUGUACGAUAGACUAAAACGUCAUGCCUAUCCAGGCAAGAAAGAUAAAAGUGACAGUGACAGUGAAGGUCAAUAGUACCUAAUUAUCUGGUCAACAAUUAAAUGCUCAAUUGUAGCACAACAAAUGUCUAGUGAACAAUUUUUUGUAUUGUUAAUGUUAAGCACUACCAUAGUUGUUAAAAUGUAUUAGAAAAUUCUCUUGUAAAAUAUUAACAACAAAAACCUUUCUCUUCCUGUUGUGUGAAUAGUACUAUGAAUGUAAUUUUUAAUCCCCGUACCUUUUGCUUGUUAUUUAUAGUCAUCGUACGAUUUCUUUAAGACUUGUUGAUUUCAAGAGACAAUUUAUUAUAUAGUUAGCUAUUGUAAUUAUGAGUAAUAAUAUUUAAAGUUAUAUUGUAAUUAUUUUAUGUAAUUAAGAUGAAUGAACGAAUGUCUGGAACGAGUGUAGGAGUGAUGUUUACAUAAAAUAUUAAGAAUGACUGAAUAAACUUUAUAUAAUAUUUAAA